AAGGUGACACUCACUAAAGUUUCAUACAUUACCAAGAUUUCCUUUAACCUGUGCGUCAUAACUUUGCCUUGGGCUUUUUCACAUAUUUAUUAAAAUAUUAUCUUAUAAGUGCUAGAAAAAUACAGUGAGUUGUUGCAUUAUUGAAUUAAAAUAUGUUCGAAAUUAUGAUCUGAUUGUGUGACUGGUGACCAUUUAUAGAGGGUAUUUAGUAACCUGUUGACGCGAAGGCGAUAACUUUGAAUAAUAUCUAAAUAACCUUUUGAAAGAAUAUUGACGAGUUCAUUAGAGCGUUGGCUCUCAAUCAAAGGAGCACAAUUGCAAUGCAGAAUGGCUUACUCGUGACUUGUCACCGGAUCCCCGUUGAACUAUGAAUAUUGUGAGGUAUACAGUUGUGUUGAUGUGUGGUUCGGUCUGUGGCUUCAACGUACCAACCCCGGUAGUGAGGUUAAGUCAAGGUCCAGUGCAGGGUCUGAGGAGCUUGUCCGGACAAAACCGGUAUUAUAAUAUACCGUACGCGGUGGCUGGCCGGUUUCAGAAGCCACAAGAUCCGCCCAAAUGGAACAACCUAUAUAAAGCCACAAACCACACAUUACUUAUAAAAUGUCCUCAGUGGCUGGUGUACCUCACCUUCGGCACCGAGGACUGCUUGUACCUUGACGUGUACGUACCGGAGACGGCGGAGCCGCGCGUCAAACUACCCGUCAUGAUUUUCUUCCACGGCGGCUCGUACUACACCGGCGCGAAAGACCUUUAUGAUCCUGAAUUCCUGGUCCUUAAGAAUGCUAUCGUAGUAACUGCUAACUAUAGGCUGGGAGUUCUCGGCUUCCUGUGCCUUGGUGGUAUAUCUAAUCUAGGUCUGAGGGAUCAAGUAAUGGCCUUAAAAUGGGUCCAGAAUAAUAUAGCUGCGUUUGGCGGAGAUCCAGAUAAUGUAACAAUUUGUGGCCAAAGUGCUGGAGCCAGUUCAGCCUCUAUGCAUCUUUUAUCCGAAUUAAGCAGAGGGUUAUUUCAUAAAGUAAUAUUGUUGAGUGGCUCAGCCUUCUCUGUUUGGGCAUUCAAUACUGAGCCUCAGCGCCCCGCCUUUGAAGAUGCGAACAAAAUUUCAACUGCGUAUGAUGUGGAAGAUGUGUUAAAUGUAUUUCGUAAUGCGUCCUUGGAUAACCUAAUUAAAGCGACCACUGAUGUUUCCACUAAUCCGAGGUAUUUUAAAUAUUCUCCGUGUAUAGACGUGGACAGUAUGGAACCAUUUUUCCUCGACAUGCCGUACAACUUGGUGACGUCAGGGAGGUUCAAUAAAGUACCCGUCAUGAUGGGCUACACUGAUUUAGAAGGCUCAUAUUUCUACUCUUUGUUGUAUCCAGACACUGUUGCAAAACUAAAUGACAACCUGGACGAGAUGCUUCCAUCUCUGUUUAGUUGGUGCUCACGCAAAGACAAAACCCUAAUAAGUAGAAAGAUACGCGAGCACUACUUUGGCGAUGAGAAAGUAACUCUGGAUUCUGUACAAAAUUUGAUUAAGUUCUACUCCGAUUGGGUAGCCUAUGCCACGUCAUCCGCGACUUCCGCACUGCUCACCAAAUAUUCCGAACAGCCCGUGUAUAAUUACCAGUUCUCUUACGAAGGGGGGAGAGAAUAUGCAAAGUUUACUACAGUACCACACAUACAGGGUACGACGCAUAGCGGGGAGCUGUUCUACGUGUUCAAGCCGCAGGGGAUAUCUUUACCGCUAUCGGGCAGAGAUGCCAACUUUAUUGACAGGCUUACUACAAUGAUAAAGAAUUUUAUGUUGUAUAGCGACCCUACCCCGAGGGGCCGCGGGACGCUAUCUGUGCGGUGGCCACGUGCCACCUCCGCUGCAUCCAACACGCUGGUGCUGACAGACACGCCGCGCGUGUUGGCAACGCCGGCCCCGCACCACGCGGGCCAGUUCUUCUACGAGCUGCUGUGCGCGUACGGCUGGCCCGGCUACGUGCCCUGCGAGUCUCGCCGCAUGUGCAACCGAGAGUGACACUCGUGACCGUCGACCGCGUCGUGAGCCUCUCGACAGAGCGGUACCGCCUUCGUAUUACGUUUCUUACAUGUAAAUUUACCCGGUAGGUACUUGAAGACAAAAUAAAUUCCUGCUGGUUCCAUGGCAGAUUAUUAGUGUAAGUUGAUCACUCACCAUUAAAUGAACCUUAUUCCCGCCCUGAAAUGACUGACGAUCAAGUAGAGUAACUGUACUUUUUUGUAAUAAUAAUAGUUGAAUCUUCUGUAAAAUACAGAAUAAAAUACAGAUAAGAGCGCUAAGAUAGAAUUUUACACUGUAAUUAUCUAAGAAUAAUUUAUAGAUACUAGUUUAAAUCAAAACCUACGAUCAACUAGUUUAAAUCUGGAAAGGGGUACGUUUAUGGACGACAGGAAAGCGAGAGACUUGAUAAUUAAAUAAUAAAUAGGUAACUAGGCAAUAUAUGAGUUUCCAUUUUUAAUUAUUUUGUGUUUUGAUAAAGUAAGCUCAGUAUAUCGCCGCGAUGUUCGGUAUCGGGAACGCGACGCAGCAGACAGUUCUACUUUAUAAAUAUACAAAUCAAUUACUAAAUCUGCCGCAAGAAUAUACAAAUAUUACCUAACUAUAUUAUCACUACAUUUUGAGUAUGA